AUGCGCCGGUUCGGACACCUCGCCUCCCGUCCCUCUCCUGCUCAAAGUUCCAGCCUCACACAUCGACGUGACGACCCCGUCGCGCUCCCACGCGAGCGGCCUAGAAUAACCUCUAUCAACGCCAUCUUGGAGUCCGCAUUCGAGGAGUACUAUGAAUCGGUGAAUGUGGAUCUGAAUGGUUCAGACGACCCUUUGGUAUGCCGAGUGCGACAAUGCGACACGAUCGACGCGAUCCUCGACAUCAUUGAGGAUACGGCACAUCUCCUCGUUCAGAGGCGCAACGGGAAAGGAGUGGCGCGGCGUCUUCGUGAGGUGGUCAAGCCCGUUGUAUACGCGCUUGGUGUCGUACUCGACGCAAGCGCAGAAACAGCGUCGUCUCUCGGCGUUCCGGGCGGCAAAGGUAUAUUUGCUGCAGUUGCAGUACUCAUCAAAGCGGCAGAGCAAGUGAGCGCUGCAUUUGACGAUGUCCAGACCCUUCUCGAACGCUUGUCCGUGUAUUUUGAACGUCUCAAAGUGCGAUUGAUGAUACCGCUGGGCUGCGAGGCGAGGGCGAUAGCCGUGCGAUGUCUAGCAGAAAUGCUACGCGUUUUCGCGCUCGCGACGAAGAUGUUACGCCGGAGUCGCCUCAAUCACUUCUUGAAGGCCUUGUUCGUCAAAAGCGAUGACAUAGGCGCUAGCCUGAGGAAAGUACAGGAGAUCGCAUCGGACGAGGAGAAGAUGUCGGUUACUGAGGUUCUUGUCUCCUUGCAUGACAUGUCCUACGAUCUUCACGAAGCUAAGGCACGGAUCUCACGACGUAUGGACGCUGGGUUCCAGAAUAUGGCAUCAGAUAUAGUGCAAGGACACGCGCAAACACAACGCCAUGUCGAUGCUGUCCUAUACGCUCUUCCAGCUCUCCAAGAAUAUAUCGUCGGGCAUAUCGAUCAAAGACUUCAAGAUGGCAUGAUCUCGAGCGAAUCCCGUCUCGUAAGAGGAUACCCCCCUGACAUGGAUCAGGAUAGCCGUCCGUCAAAUGCAUCCUCCCAAGUCCAAAUCACCCUAUCUUUUCCUGCCACAGACUGGCGGGUAUGCGUCGGCCAUAUUCAAGGCGUCAUCGCACGAUUGGAUCUGGACGAUCAAGACGCCGUCUGGAGGGCCAUAGCGCUUCUCUUUGCGCAUAUGAUCAGCUCCGCCUACCUCAACCCGAGCGGUCUUGCGAUACAGGCAACGCAUCGGAGUGCGUCGAAUGGCGCACUACGCACGAUGGAGUUUCUGGGGGUGGCUUGCAGCUUCUUGUUGCUGUUCAUGGCCUGCAAACUCAACACUGUCACGCGUCCUGUGGCGCGUGCGCCAGACAUCGUCACCAUCAUCGAUGUCUUCGGCGUUGCUCUUACCCUGCAGCCUGAUAUCUACUCAUCCCGGGCGAGGACCCACGAAUUCAUAUUGAAUGCGUUCAUGAACCGCCCCCAGGGCUGGACCUACGUCGUGAAACACAGUUACGGCAUAGGCAACUCAGAGCGUCUCCUCAUUACUUCAGAAGAGUGGACGGAGGCCGUUAAGCCUGGUGACGUGUUGACCAUGAGCAUCAUACUUCAAGACCAAGCCGCCCGCUGUCCAUACUGUCACCGCUCACCAGAUGGAGCCGAAAUGGCCUUGGACAAUGGUCGCAUGAUCUGUAUUGGUUGCGGACGCCUGUAUGCCACGCACGAAGCUGUCGGAAACGCGACGAGGGGGUUUGAUCGCGAUGAUGGUGCAUGGCGGCUCUUCAGCAGAACUAGAGCAACGGCCUACACAACACUGCUCGGUCUACCAUGUGCACGUUCCAGAGUAUCAUCGUUCAAUUCCUUGCGAAACGAUGGAAAACUCCUACCUCUCCAAGCCACGCCCGUCCGUCUGGAGGUCAUUGUUUGA